UGAUCCAGCCUAAUCCUCCUUUUUUCCCUUCCCAAAGUGCAAACUGCAACAAGAGCACUGCUGAAAUGCAGACACACAGGAGCCCACGGUGGGCAAGAAGGGUCCUCCUGCUCCUGACCCUGUGGACGACUGCACAGCUGCCCGCCCCAGGUGCCUCCCUGCUGCAGCGGCUUCCAAGGGCCACAGGAAAUUCUACCCAAUGUGUUAUUUCUCCAUCUUCGGAGUUUCCUGAAGGGUUUUUUACGAAACAGGAACGAGUAGAGGGAGGCAUCAUCAUCUACUUCCUGAUUAUCCUUUACAUGUUCAUGGCUGUGUCGAUUGUCUGUGAUGAAUACUUUCUGCCUUCUCUUGAAAUUAUCAGCGAAAUACUUGGAUUGUCUCAGGAUGUUGCAGGAGCAACUUUCAUGGCAGCAGGUAGUUCAGCUCCCGAAUUAGUUACUGCUUUCCUAGGUGUAUUUGUCACAAAGGGAGAUAUUGGCAUUAGUACCAUUCUUGGAUCUGCAAUGUAUAAUCUCCUUGGCAUCUGUGCAGCUUGUGGACUGCUAUCAAACAUGGUUUCAACGCUAUCCUGUUGGCCCCUAUUCAGAGACUGCAUGGCAUAUGCAAUUAGUAUAGCAGCAGUCCUUGGCAUAAUAUUUGACAACCAGGUUUACUGGUAUGAAGGGAUUUCACUGCUUCUGAUAUAUGGGUUGUAUGUUUUGGUGCUGUGUUUUGACAUUAAAAUUAACCAAUAUAUCAUAAAGAAAUGUAGCCCUUGCUGUACAUGUAUUGCCAAAGAUAUGGAGGAAAGAACUCUACAACCACUGCUGGGGUGGGAAGACGAGGAUCCACCAUUCAGACGUCGGCAAUCAAGAACUGACAGUGGAGUAUUUCAUGAAGAUUCUGGCUACUCCCAGUUCUCCAUAAGUUUACAUGGUCUUAGUCAAGUUUCUGAAGAUCCACCAAGUGUUUUCAACAUGCCUCAAGCAGACUUAAAAAGAAUUUUUUGGGUAUUAUCCCUUCCUAUUAUUAUUUUACUUUUUCUAACCACACCAGAUUGUAGAAGAAAGUUUUGGAAAAACUAUUUUGUGAUUACAUUUUUUAUGUCUGCACUAUGGAUAUCUGCAUUUACAUACAUCUUGGUUUGGAUGAUCACAAUAACUGGGGAAACACUAGAAAUUCCAGACACAAUAAUGGGCCUUACUUUAUUAGCAGCAGGAACAAGCAUACCAGAUACGAUUGCAAGUGUGUUAGUUGCAAGAAAAGGUAAAGGGGAUAUGGCAAUGUCUAACAUUGUGGGAUCCAAUGUGUUUGAUAUGUUAUGCCUAGGUGUCCCGUGGUUUAUUAAAACUACAUUUGUAAAUGCAUCAGCUCCUGUAGAAGUGAACAGCAAAGGACUCACUUACAUAGCCAGCUCUCUCACCAUCGCAAUUGUUUUUCUUUUUUUAGCAGUUCACUUCAAUGGUUGGAAACUAGACAAAAAGUUAGGAAUAGUCUGCCUGUUAUUAUACUUGGGGCUUGCUACAUUAUCAGUUCUCUAUGAACUUGGAAUUAUUGGAAAUAAUAAAAUAAGGGGCUGUGGAAGUUGAUGUUAAUAAUGGUAUGCGGAAAAUGUGAAUAAUGGGGAGAGGGAAG